AUGGCCGGCGCAACCUUAGAAGCGUCCCAGAUGCCAUUCAUCAAAAACCUCGCCUCAAGCGACCGCAAACUACGAACCCAAUCCCUCACCACCCUCCAAACAUACCUCUCCUCACGAACCUCCCUCCCCGCCCCCGACGCCCUCAAACUCUGGACAGGCCUAUACUACGCGCUCUGGAUGACGGACCGCCCACGUCCGCAGCAAGCACUCGCCGCCGACCUCGCCAACCUCGUCUUUGACGUGCAAAAACCGUGCGUGGCGCCCUUCCUCCGCGCCUUCUGGACCAUCCUCUCCCGGCAAUGGAGCUCGAUCGACGCACUGCGCAUGGAUAAAUUUCUGCUCCUUGUGCGGAGGGUGUUUGGCGCGCAUGUCCGGUACGCGAGGGAGCGGCGGUGGAGGGGGGACGAGGUGCUGGACGUGCUGAGGAGGGAGUGCUUUGACGUGGGUGAGGAGGAGGGCGUGGCGCUGGGGUUGAGGCUGCAUGUUUUGGAUCUGUGGGUGGAUGAGCUGGAGAGGGAGAAGGCGCUGGGUGAGGGCGACGAGGUGAGGGGGGAGUGGGUGCGCAAGAUGGGUGAUAUUGUUGAUGCGUUGAGGGGGAGUCCUGUCAAGGCGGUGCGGUCGAGGGCUAGUGAGAGUUAUAACGAUGAGAGAUUGCCGUGGAGUGCCAAGGGUGAUGAAGAUGAGGGUGAUGAGGACGAGGACGAGGAUGAGGAUGAAGAUGAGGGUUGGGGUGGCAUUGAGGAUUAA